AUGAACGUAUUAAAUCAAAUUGAUGAAUGCUUUUCAGAUUAUCUAAAAAUAUAUGGACCCAAAGAAAUAGAUAGUCACUGGGAUGAAGGGGUUGUAGUUAAUAAAUAUAUUACACUAGGUAAGGCAAAAGAUAAUAAUGAAAAUAAAGAUAAUAUAAACAAAGGAGAAAAUAAUAAUAAUAAUAUAAAAGAAGAAAUAAAUAAGAAAAAUGACCUAUCAGAAGAAAAAAAUGGAAAUUAUAAAAAUUAUUCAAAUGAUAAAGAAAAUGAUAAUAGUACAUAUAUGGCUAAAAAUAAAAAGCAAAAAGAAAAUCUGUUCAUAUGUAAUGAUCUAGUAGAAAAAUGUAUUUGCCUAAAUAAUUUGGAAAGCUUAGAAGAAAUAGAAGAUGCCUCUUUAGUAAGAUGGACAUGUAUGAUACAACAAAUUAUUUCACCUGAAAGUUAUUUAGGAAUUUACAAAUUAAAAAAUAAGGAAAGUGGGAAAAUUAUUAUGAAAAGCUCGAAAUAUAAAGAUUAUAUAGAUGCUGAAGAUAACUGGGAAAUUGUAGAAGAAAAUGAAAAAAGGGGUAUGGGUGAAUAUUAUGAAUUUAAUAUUAAUAAGUAUUAUGAGAAUGGAGAUAAUAAAAUGGACCAAACGGUUGAUAUCUUAAAAAAUAAUCAAGAUGUAAAUAAAAAAAUUGAUAAACAUAAUAAGAAGGAUGAAAAGAGUGACCCUAAUACAAUUUGCAGUAAUGAGCAAAAUGACAUAACAAAUAAUAAUACCUUUGAUAAUAUGGAACUUUAUGAAAACGAUGGAAAUUUUAAUAAGUAUUGGAAAAGAUAUUUAUUUUUUUGUACUAACAUACCAGGAAAUAAAAGUGCAUGGACAAAAGAAUUAUAUGAUUAUUCUUCUUCAUAUGCUAACCGUGAAUUAUUUUUAAAAAGUAAAAGUGAUUAUGAAAAUGGAGUAUAUUUAAAAGAUGUAAAGGAUCCUAUGAAUAAUGAAGAUGUUAAUAAUUCAGUUGCCUCAUCAACGGACAUAUCUAAUUAUAUGAAUAGUAAUAACAACAAUAAUAAUAGUACUAAUAAUAUAUAUUCUUCAAGGGAAUAUAUAAGUUCGAGUAACGAAUUAAAUGAAACCCAAAAUAAUAAUAAGGAUAAAAAUGAAUAUAAAAAGAUAGAUACCAAUGACAAAAUUAAUAAUAAUAAUAAUAAUAGUAAUAAUAGUAAUAAUAGUAAUAAUAGUAAUAAUAGUAAUAAUAGUAAUAAUAAUAAUAAUAAUAAUAAUAAUAAUAAUAAUAAUAAUAAUAAUAAUAAUAAUAAUAAUAGUAAUAAUAGUAAGAGUAAUAAUAAUAAUAAUUAUUAUUUUAUUAACAGUACUGAUUUAGAUAUGAAUUCUAAUAUAUCCUCCAAUAUUUGCUCUUAUAAUAUUUCUCCUGUUAACACCUCAAAUAAAAUUAGAUGUGUUAUAAAAAUAUACGAUGAUGAUAGUCAAUAUAACGGAAAGAAUGAUAAGGAAUUUUUAAAAUUAAAUGACGUAAUCGAAAUUAUUGGAAUAUAUCGUAAACAUCAAAUUAAAGACUUUGAAGAUUAUAAGAAAAAUUACAAUUUUUAUUUUUAUUACGAUCAACAUUUUUUAAAAUACCCAUCUAUACAUAUAUUUCAAUAUAAAAAAAUUAAUUAUUUUAAUCCAUUAAAUAAUUGUAUAUUGUUUAAAAAUGAUUUAUCAAUUAUAAUUUCUCAAGGCCCUUUUAAUGACAUUCAAGAAUUAAGACAUCAUUUAAUUAUGUAUAUUUCCUCUGCUUUUAAUAAUGAUAUGCUAAUAGCUCAUUAUUUUUUCUUUUAUUUAUGUGGAAGUUAUAUAAAGGAAAGUAAAUUAAAAUUGGGAAAAAUCAGUUUAAAUAUUUUUAAUAUAUUAUAUAAUAAUGAGAUAGAAAAAUUAAAUGAUCACAUUUCCAGUGAUAAUCUAAACCCUGAUCAGAUGAAAAAAUUACAAAAUAAGAUACCAAAUGAUAUCCAUUUAGAAAAAGAUGCUAAUCACUUAAAGGUAACAAAUAAUAAUUGUUUCUUGAAUAGUGAUAAUAAGGUAUUAGUAAAAGAAGCAGAUAAAAAAGGAAUAGCACCACAUGCAAAGAAAAUAAAUAAAAUGAUUAAAAAUUUAAUUCCAUUAUAUAGAUAUAUUCCAUUAAUAUUACAAAAAUUAAACACAGAAUAUCUAGUUUCAGUUAUGAAUAACCAAUAUGGAGAAUUAAAAAAAGGAAAAUUACAACUAGCUAAUAACACCUAUUUAACAUUUGAUGAAUGCCUUUUAGAUGUAGGAAAUCUUAAUAAUAUAAGUAUAAAAAAUUUUCAGUGUAUUGAAAGAUUAAUCACAUCACAAGAAAUACCAUUCAUUUUUAAUAUGGAUAUAAUAUUCCAAACUGAACAUAAUAUUUUAAUAUUAUCCAAAAAAAAAUCUAUGUAUUCUCAUUAUGUAGAUAUAGCUAUACCUAUAUGUCAUUAUAAUAAAAUAAAACAUAAUUUAACCGAUACUAAUAAUGAACAGAAAAACGAAAAUAUACAAAACGUCAAAGGUUCCACAAAUAAUGUUGAGCCAUCUAAUUCACAUGAUCAAAAAAAUGAACAAACUAAAGGUAUCUUCUCAUCAGAAUUUUAUAAUAAUAUUCAUAAUAAUUAUAAACCUAAUGAAAAGGAAUUAAUGCAAUUUAGAAGAUAUAUAAAUUAUAUAUUAUCUAAAAACCAUUCAGCAAAAAUCCCGGAAGAUAUUACAAAUUAUAUAACAGAUUCAUUUGUAUUAUUAAGACAAAAAAAUAAAGAUAUAAAUCAGUUUGUUUUAAAUUCUUGGAUAUGUAUGUCUAGAAUUUUAGCGUUUUCAGAUGGACAUAAUGAAAUAAAUAGGGAUCACUGGGAUUAUAUUAUGAAAUUAGAAAAUGAAAGAAGAUUGCGUUUAAAUAAUCUUAACAAAAUAUAUAUAUAG